GAAGUGAUAAACAUCGUGCACAUCUCCAAGUCGUCUCUGUACCGCAUGGUGCUGAAAUAUGCGAAUCCCCUGCGUGACCCCGUCAUCGCAUCCAUUAUCAUCACCCCUGAGAGCGUCGUCGAAACGCAACAGAAAUUCAGCGUGCUGCUCCGGCCUACCAUGGACCCGCAGCUGAUCACGGUGUCGGGCGAGAAGGACCUGGCGCCGUCGCCGCUCGUCAUGAACCCCGGCAACUGGACCGUCACCUUCAAGACCACCAAGGAAGUCAUGAUCGAUUACUUCGUCCUGAUCCCAGAAGCAUACUACGAGGCCACAGUGCUGACUAAACUGGUGGACAAGCCUUGUGUGGUCGGCGACCAGAGGCUUUGCCGACAGUUUGCGUACCCCAGCGUCCAGGGAAGACCUGCUGCGGAGCUGGUCACGCCGGUCACGCUCUACGUCGACGACAACAUCCAACUGCAAGAGCUAAACGCAGCGCCAAACACAAUUCCGCUCCUGAACGACGACCAGCCCGAGUUAGAGUACAAACUGACGAUCGAGCAGCCCGGGCCAUACGUGCUGCUGAUUGAAUACGUGACGCCCAUCAACCGCAGCGCGAUCCCGUCUGAGGACUACUCCAAUGAAACCAACCUGUUCACGCCCAAAUGGACGGUCACUGUACGGGUGCAGUCUGGUGAUGCGCCUGAGACGGCGGCCAUUGCAAACCUCAACGAAUGCCCUUACGCCACCGCCUGCAGACAAGUCGUGGUCGACAACAUAGCCAAAAUCAACGUUUUCAAUCUGCAGAGCGAGGAGAACACUCUUUAUUUGGAUGGCGAGAGAGACUCACUUACAGGCAUCAAGGCGAUCAUCGCAGUGCCAGAGGACGAGUGGCACCUGGACCACAUCACGCCGCGCCCGUACUGCCUGCGCCGCGCCGGCCGCUGCGAGCCGGCCGUGUUCUCCGCAGCUGUAGACUCUAAGAAGGUGGAGAUCGAAUUGGGCACGGGCGGCGAGCGCGACGUGCGGCCACCCGUCCAGGACAACGCCACGGCGGUGGUGUACCUGACGCCCGACGCCGACCCCGUGCAGCUGGGCUUCAAGGCGGCCCCCGGCGAGUACAUGUUCAUCGUGCACUACUACCAGCCGGACCACCCUCAGAGCAGCCUCGACGUGACACUGACGCUGGACGGCGUCAAGCACGGCGCGCUCAUGACGGUCGAACACUGUCCGUCCAACUCGGGCUGCCGCGCGCUGCUCAAGCUCGCCGACGGCCGGGACUACUUCCCCGUCAACGAGAACGUCACCAUCGCCUUCCAGGGCGCAGACACCAAAGGCCUCUGGCUAGACUACGUGCUCGUGGUGGCCACUGGAGACUACACGGACUCCGCGCUAAAGGAGGCGAACGUCCUAGACUACACGCGCGAGUUCAUCGACACCUGUGCGCUCAACCAUUACUACAUCAACCCUAACGACACAGGCUUCUGCCGCGACGCGAUGUUCUCCAUCACGGCUGAGUACAACAGCGGAGCCCUAUCCUGCUUCUGCGACUUCAUGGGCUCAACUGAACUGGAGUGCGAUGUCUUCGGCGGACAGUGUCCUUGCAAGCCCAACGUGGUCGGCCGGUCCUGUACCGCCUGCCGCACUGGAUACUACGGCUUCCCCGACUGCCGGCCCUGCCACUGCCCGGCCACCGCUAUCUGUAACGAGGACGGCAUGUGCAUUUGUCCGAAGAACGUAGAAGGCGAGAACUGCGACCGCUGCAAGCCUUACACGUUCAACUUCGACGUGCACCGCGGCUGCGACGAGUGCAACUGCAACCCGCUCGGCGUGAUCGACCGAAGGCUGCAGUGCGAGCCGGAUAGUGGAAACUGCGAGUGCAAAAAUAACGUAAUCGGACGCGUUUGCGACCACUGCGUGCCCGGACACUAUGCGUUCCCGGACUGCCCGGCGUGCUCGUGCGACCUGGACGGGACCACGGAUGACGUCUGCGACCAGAACACCGCGCAGUGCUACUGCAAGCGGAACGUGCGCGGACAGGCAUGCAACGAGUGCAAGGAGGAGUACUACAACCUGCAGGCCGGCAACCCGGACGGCUGCACCAAGUGCUACUGCUCCGGCAAGACCACGCGCUGUUCCAGCUCCUACCUGUCCUGGGCUGCGAUCAGUGUGAUGGCGGACUGGUCUCUGGUCAGUGUGGAAGCCAACCGUACGCUAGCUGUCAACCCGUACGACUUCGCGCCAGCCGUGUACAACGACACCACCAUAGAGGCUGAACUGGCUAGCAACAAGCUCGUCUACUUCUCUGCGCCGGAGUACUACCUUGGCAAGCGUCUGACGUCAUACGGCGGGUACCUCACAUACACGGCGUACUAUUCGAGCCGCAACGACGGCCGCGCCAUUGCUGCCCCUGACGUCAUCCUCGGAGGGCCUGGCGGGUAUCUGGUGCACAACAGUGUUGAACAACCGCCAUCGUACUCGGAGUGGGAGCACGGAGUGAAGCUGACAGAAGAGGAGUUCACGCGAGCAGACGGCGCGCCGCUCACUCGAGAGCAGUUCAUGGCGGCGCUCGUCAACGUCACCAGCGUCUACGUGCGCGCCUCCUACUGGGAGGACUCGUCGUCCGCCAGACUGACAUCAGCUGCAUUAGACAUCGGCGUGGAAGACUACGCGGAGGGCAUGAAGCGAGCGGCCUCCGUCGAGGAGUGCCAGUGUCCUAAGGCCUACCGCGGGCUGUCGUGCGAGCAGUGCGCCGCGGGCUACUACCGGCUCAGCUCGGGCCCGCACGCGGGGCUGUGCGUGCCGUGCCAGUGCAACGGCCACUCGCCGCAGUGUGACGUCAACACCGGCGUGUGUCUGGACUGCGGCCACCACACGAUGGGUGACCACUGCGAGCAGUGCGUCCCGGGGUACCACGGCGACGCCACGGUUGGCACGCCGCGCGACUGCCUCAUCUGUGCCUGCCCCAUGCCUACCUCCUCCAACAACUUUGCCAUUGGCUGUGACCUGAGCGACAACGGGUCCCUGAUCUCUUGCGACUGCAAGCCGGGAUACGGCGGAGCUCGUUGCGAAUACUGUGCCGCUGGUUACUAUGGAGUGCCUGAAAACACCGGUGACUACUGCAAGCCGUGCAACUGUUCCGGCAACAUCAACCCUAACGAUCCAAGCUCGUGCGACAGCAUCACGGGCGACUGCCUCAAGUGCGUCAACCACACGGCGGGCGCGGCCUGCAACCUGUGCGCACCCGGCUUUUAUGGAGACGCCAUUCUCAGCAAGAACUGCACAGCGUGCUCGUGCGACAAGCAAGGCAUGGAGCGCUGCGACCCGUCCACCGGUACUUGCGUGUGUCGCGAGGGCGUGGUGGGUCCGCGCUGCGACCGAUGCGCGCCCGACCACUACGGGCUCGAGUCCGGGCAGGGCUGCGCGCCGUGCGACUGCGCGUUGGCCGCCACGGACUCGCAGUGCGAUCUGACUACUGGACAGUGCAAAUGCGCUAAGGGAGUGACGGGCCGCCACUGCGAGCAGUGCGCUGCGGGCUACUGGAACUAUUCCAAGGAUGGAUGUGACCACUGCAACUGCAACACGGGCUAUUCCGUUGGCUUCAUGUGCAACGCGACGGGCCAGUGCGAGUGUCUGCCCGGCGUCAUCGGCGAGAAGUGCGACCGCUGCCCGGAGAGAUGGGUGCUGCUCCCACACGAGGGCUGCCUGGAGUGCGACGAGUGCACGGACGCGCUCAUAUUCACCGUCGAGGACCUCUCGCGCCGCCUCGCCAACGAAACACAGGACUUCAAGGACAAAGCGGAUUCGUUCUUUACGACCCAGCGGCUGAACUACAUCGCGAAUCAGACGCAGUUGUUGCGACCUCGAGUGGCGGAGCUGACGGAAGUUGACCUGGAUGACGUCACCGCCGCCUUCAAGGCGCUCGAGAGCGGCGCCAAGAACCUACUGCGUUCAGCGGAGUUCGCGGCAACGGACAGCGACAAGCAGAUCACAAGAGCAGCUGAGCUGGCAAGAGACGCGGACAAGACCUUAGCUUCAGUGCGCGACAGCAGCGACAAGGCCAAAAGCGUGGUGGCGCACGUCACCGACUUAGCUACUGGCUUGGAACUCAGCCAGCAACCGAAGGCCGAUGGCGCGCUGGCAGAGGCGAGACAGAUCAAGUCCGACAUUGCUGAAAAGAACCUACAGCCGCAACUGUUGCAAGCCAACAGCGGCUUCGGCAACGCGACUGCCCAAAUCGAGCGCAUGAACAUCUUCAUCGAGCCCGUCAACAAGCAAGCUAAGAAAUUCGAACGUCUGGUGAACGCAACGCACGCACUGAAGGAAAAGCUUGAGGAUCUCCUGGAGUACACGGACCGCGCGCAACACACCGCUGCCGCCGCCGACAAGUCUAACGAGAGGAACCGGCAAUCCAAAUUCGGCAACAAAGUUCUCUCCGUCACGAAACUGAACGAGGCAGCCAUGAAGGACUUAAUCGACGCAGCGGAAGAAGUGGCCGCUGUCGCCAACUUGUCAGCGUCGGACGUCGCUUCCGGGGCGGCCAGGGCGCUCACGGGGAAUAGAAACGCAAACAUCAACAUGGACGAAAGGCUGAAUAACUUGAUGAAGGAAAUGCCGGCGCUGCAGCAGGCCCUCAAUGAAGCCCAAGACCACGCCAGCAGUCUCAGGAGCCGGGCUGACAAUCUACGCACGGUGGCAGCGCGCGAGAACAACAACACUCGCACGCAGGACGCGUACAGCGCCGCGUCGGCGUUCUCGUCCAUCGUGCAGGAGAUCGCCGACGCCAAGCUGGCCGCCGACACCGCCGAAGCCGCCGACAACAACGCCACCGCUGUCAAAAACGUGUUGAACGAGCGCGUGGGUCCCGCCCGCAACCGCUCGCAGGACUUGCUGACGCGCGCGGCCGCGGCGCUGCAGGACGUGGAGCAGGGGCUGCGGCCUCCGCACAGCUCCGCCCAGGCCGCCCUGCAGGACGCGCGCCGGGCGCUCGACGCCGCCUUCCUGCAGGACGACGCCAUCCAGCUUUCGCUACCAACGCCCCCCAGUUUCGCUCUGCAAGAAGAAAUAGACAAGGCAGACCGCGUGAACGCCACAGUGAAGAACACUCUGGACAUCAUGUCCAAGUUUGGCUCCGAGCUUGGCGCCAGCAAGGAGUGGGCGCAGUCGCUGCCCAAGCUUGCUGAUGAGGGGCAGAAGAUGAUGUCUAAUAUCGAAAGCUACUUGAAGAACGUAGAAGAAAUGGACCCGAUGAGCCGGUCCAAGUACCGCGCCGUGAAGAUGAUGCAGGAAGACCUGGAGCGCCGCCGCGCGGAAGCCGACGACAAGCUCCACAAGCUGAAGGAGCUCAUCGAACAGUGUUCACCUUCCUCCAGUGUAUCUGGAAAUAUGUCCAGCCCACUUCCAUUUAAGACGCAUCUGUAA